AUGCUCGGGGAAUGGACGGUGAGAUUCUGGGAAUUUAGCAAGAAGAACAUCAUCCCAGAUGUCUUCAUCAAAAGACGCUUCAACUUCAUCACCAUCCACUAUAUGUACAUGAUAGGCAUGUCGCUGUUCGGCUCGGUCGUCAUCUAUGGCAUUGGCGGCAUGCCGUACAUCGAUGCACUCUUCUUUGCGUCUGGUGCCUGCACUCAAAGCGGCCUUAAUACUAUCGACAUUAACACCGUCAGGUUCGGCCAACAAUUCAUGAUGUUCUUGUUGGCCAUGCUCUGCAACCCCAUCAUUGUCCACACUGUCGUUGUCUUCGUCCGGCUUUACUGGUUUGAGAAGCGAUUUGAAGACGUCGUCAGGAAUUCGAGUGCUCUGCGUCGGACCAAGUCAAGACACACCAUGCCGAAAGACGAUCCGGAACAGGGCAUCCAGGGAGUGGCAGGAAGAGCCAUUCGCAUCUUACGGAACACCGGAAGGAGCACCGGCCCACCAAAUGCUGGAGAAAAGCUCGAACAUGGCCAUGACAAUGGGAAAGCGGUCGACUCAUCUGACGCGUCUGGCCCUGAGGCCGAACAGCCACAGAAUCCACUCCCCUCGGACCACUUGCGCCUGAAAACCUCCCGGUCGACCGACGACGUACGUCUCCCAUCACAGUUGAGUCCGGAGCAGCACAUUCGGUUUCUUGAGAAUCAGCGAAAUCCUAGUGACACAACUGCUUUGAGGAUUCCGAGCCCUCGAGAGUUCGAGCGUGGAAGUCGACCGCAAAACAUCGCCGACGGGCUUGAUGAUACACCCCUACGCCCGAUAACCAGUGAACCGGACUUGCCCAGCGCGAACCAGAGACGCAUCGACGAGGUGAAUGCUGGAGACGACUCUGCUGGGCCUACCCAUAUCGCCUUCGAUGAGCCCCACCUCCUGAGAGACCGUCAUGACAGAACUGCCACCUUUCCGCGGCUCAACACGAGACAAUCUACGCAGGCGGCCUCUUCCUAUGACCUCCCCGAUCCUGGCCAGCUUCGGCGAAGGGGUUCAGGCACCUUGAACUCGCUCCGCCGUGUCAAUACUCCACGCACACAGGACAUACCUGCACCGUACUUGAGUUGGCAGCCUACCAUCGGGAGAAACUCGUUCUUUGUCGGUCUCACGGAGGAACAACGGGAAGAGUUGGGUGGCAUUGAGUACCGAGCGCUCAAGGCUUUGGCCUUGAUCCUCAUACUCUACUAUGUGCUCUUCCAUCUCUUCGGGAUCAUUUGUCUCAUUCCGUGGAUCUUGCGCUCGGGUACCUAUGGACCAGUUGUUACAGAGCAAGGAGUGGGUAGAACCUGGUGGGGUGUAUUUACGAGCGCCUCUGCCUUCAACGACCUCGGCUUCACCCUUACCAACAACUCUAUGAUCUCCUUCCAGCGGGCCGUCUUUCCCCUGUUGCUGAUGACUUUCCUUAUUGUCAUCGGGAAUACCGGAUUUCCGUGUAUGCUCAGGCUCACCAUCUGGGCCACGUCCAAAUUCUGCACAAAAAGCAGUCCUCUGUGGGAGGAACUUCAAUUUCUUCUGGACCAUCCUCGUCGGUGUUUUACACUCCUAUUUCCGCGAGAAGCGACUUGGUGGCUGUUCGCCAUCCUUGUCAUCCUCAAUGGUCUGGACCUAAUAUUUUUCAUCGUUCUGGACCUUAACGAUCCCACAAUCACCGCGAUGCCUGCAGGGGUCAGAGUUCUUAAUGGCAUCUUCCAAGCCGCAGCGACCCGAACAGCAGGGUUUUCGGUUGUGAACCUUGCGGACCUGCAUCCUGCCAUUCAAGUCAGUUAUCUUAUCAUGAUGUACAUUUCGGUAUUCCCAAUCGCCAUCAGUAUGCGAAGAACGAACGUUUACGAGGAGAAGAGUCUGGGGCUGUACGGUUCACCUGCUGAAGAGAACGAAGACGAGAACGAACCCAGCUAUAUUGGUGCUCAUCUACGGAGACAGCUCUCGUUCGAUCUGUGGUACAUAUUUCUGGGCAUGUUCAUCAUUGCGAUCGUCGAAGGCGACAGGCUGCAGAAUACCAACCAGUACGCCUUUACCCUCUUCUCGGUCCUAUUUGAGAUCGUGUCCGCCUAUGGUACUGUGGGUCUCUCUCUGGGCUACCCGACCAUUAAUGCUUCCUUCUCCGCCGAAUUCCAUGUCUUGUCGAAAUUGAUAAUCAUUGCGAUGCAAAUCCGUGGAAGACAUCGUGGCCUUCCAUAUGAGCUUGACAGAGCUAUCUUAUUGCCGUCGGAGAGUCUCCAGGCGAAAGAAGCCAAAGAGGCGGAAAGGGUCAUGUCCCGGGUACAAAGACGCAGGUCGUCCAUAGGGGCGCAUUCCAACAUGUCGGCUGUUGAUGGCAUCCUUGAGGGACGGCAAUUCAGAUCUGAGACCGGGCUGGCCUCAGGCUAUCGCGAAAAGGAGGAGGAUCCCGACGUCCACCUCCGGCCUCGAGCCAACACCAAUCGGUCAAUUCAGUCGAUUCACAGGAUCCCAAGUUCGACGAAUGAUGCACACCAGCUACACAGUAGUCGGCACACUGAGCCUCAUAGUGCGAGGCGCGGGCUGGGCGUGGGGAUGUUCAAACUGGCUGAAGGGGUGGAGUCCAUCAAAGAGUAA